UGGUGGGGCUGGGGGCUGGACAUGGCCCCCUGUCCCCAGCCUUACUCCUGCCCAGCUGGCAGCCCCCUUGGCUUGAUAUGUUUGUCCCUUUUACUCGUCCCUGCUGCAGCUGGAACCUACUGUGAAUGCAGCCUCGGCCUCAGCCGCGAGGCCCUCAUUGCCCUCAUCGUGGUGCUGGCUGGUGUUAGCGCCAGCUGUUUCUGUGCUCUUGUCGUUGUGGCGAUCGGUAUCUUUCGGUCCAAGGGUGAUUCGUGCCCCGGACUCAUGGAAGACAGGUUGAUGGGACCCUUUGGGGUCCAGGAAGAUCACUUAGACCUGCACUCGGUGCACAUGGAGUCCCACCUCUUGGACCCUGACCUGGAGGCAUCCAUGCCGUCAUUGGAGAACACUGACCUCAUGACCAUCCCCAUGGAGGUUCCUCUAGAGGAGCCGCCUUCACCACCACCUCCACCUCCUCCACCGCCAGAGUAGUGGAGGGCAGCUAGGCUGGGGGAUUAAACAGUAUUUAGUGAU